UAUGACGUAAUCAAACUCAUCUAACCUCGAAUUUCAGACGUUUUCAAAAUGGAAAACCUGAACAAGUUAAAGGGUCUGAUUAAUUUAUUUAAUAAUUUCAGAGUCACUAGCUUGAGAGCACCGACAGUUCAUAACUUUCCAAGCAUAAGGAAUAUUUCCACAACCAUCCCAAAAAAUGACUUGAUGGAAUUUUUUGAUGAUAAAAAGAAUUGGGGAGCCGAAGAAGUAAAAAGUGGAAGGUCCUGGAAAAUUGAAGAGCUGAGAAUUAAAUCCAAUAGUGAUUUACACAAAUUAUGGUAUGUAUUACUCAAGGAGCGAAAUAUGUUGCUGACUAUGGAACAAGAGUGUAAUGAUCAGGUCAGAUUAUUCCCAAGUCCUGAACGUAUUGAUAAAGUGGAAGAUUCAAUGGAAAAUCUUGAAACUGUCAUUAGGGAAAGGAAUGUAGCUUAUCAUCAAUUGGAGACGGGAGAAACUGGCGAAAGACCUGGUAGAAUGGAAAAGGAUCCAUUUGGUCUUCCUUUCUAUUACAAGGAAUCUGAGUAUGCAAUACCUAAAGAGAUGAAUGAAGAAUGGCAUAAGAAAUACAGAUUCUUCAAACCGGAUAAAGACGUUAAGGCAUUUUUAUUGAAAUAUAGGGAAAAAGAGUAUCUUGCAAAAAAGAGAGCGCAAAGGAGAGACUUCAAUCAUGUCAUUGGAUUAAUGAAUAGAUUCCCAAAUUUGGAUAUGGAAGCAGUUAAGGAACAAUAUCCAGAUGUUGAUAUUGAAAAAGCUAAAGCAAGUCGUAGAUAUCGUCCAUAUUUUCAACCCAAAGAAUGAAUAAAUGUAUAAAAGCAGGAUUUGUCCCGUUAUUAAAGAUUUGGAGAAUU